AAGAACACACAAGAGGAAGGUUGGAAACUUAAUAAAGCUCUCCAUAUUUUUCAAUCUUAAGUGCUCUCAGCUCUCUACCCUAUCCAAUUCCGAAACCCUGCUGCCUACUUUGCUCACCUAUAAUCUCUCCCAAUUCUCAUCUAGGCUUACUUAGUUCGACUUCGUCAAGAAAGUUAAUUAAGUGCCGCGCGACUUGGCUAACCUUUGAGCUCAAGUUUCGUGACAGGAAUGUCACGGCCCGCCUCAUCCUUGGGCGAGCAAGGCCAGUCUAUGCGACACACAGUACCAAGAGUGAUGGAGUAAUGCGGAAUUCUCCUAGAACACUCUUGAAUAAUGUAGAAUUCUCUAGAGUACUCUAAAACACUUUAGAAUAGUCUAGAACUUUCUAGAACAAUUUAAUGGUCUAGACACUUCUAGAAUAAUCUAGAAGAGUGUGGAUACUUCUAGAACAUUCUAGAAGAGUGGGGAUAAUUCCUGUACAUACUAGAUUAGUCUAGAAUAUUCUAGACAUAUGUAGACUAUACUAGAAUAUUCUAGACAUGUAUAGACAUGUACAUGUGAUGUGUGGAGAAUUCUAGAAGAAUGAACUCUAGCCACAAGUUGAAGAGGUGGGAAGCCUAUAAAUACCCCCUGUAACGAUACAACAAGAACAUACAAGAACACACAAGAGGAAGACUGGAAACUUAAUAAAGCUCUCCAUAUUUUCCAAGCUUAAGUGCUCUCAACUCUCUACCCUAUCCAAGUUUCGAAGCCCUGCUGCCUACUUUGCUCACCUACAAUCUCUCACAAUUCUCAUCUAGGCUUACUUAGUUCGACUUCAUCAAGCAAGUUAACUAAGUGCCGCACGACUUGGCUAACCUCUAAGUCCAAGUUUCGUGACAUAGUGCUAGGUUUUGAGGUGUAGCCGGAGUCUAGGGUGGUGACGCCUAUAGUUUCUAAUAGUUAAUUUACUGUUAGCAUUGGGUCCCCAUCAUUUCUUGUAGACGGUGUUGGAAUCCUCGUUGCAGGAUCUAGUUCAUUUUGGAAAAAUUAGAUUUGGGAUUUAGACCCAUCUUUACUCUUAGACAAACUGAGGUUAUGACCCGUGAUUUUUGAGGUUCGUAGCAAUAACUACAGUAUUUAAUAGUAAUCCUUGGAAUUGAAAUCAACUAUGUGUUCCAUCUUUCUGAUGUUUUGAUUGUUAUUUUUUCAUGUGUAUGAAAUAUACGUUUCAAUCUUUAAAGCGCAAAAUAAUAUUUAGUUCCUCAAUUACUUGUAAAAGGUGAAUUGUGGGAUUGAAAAGCUUCAACAAAUAGAUUUUCGAUUUUUAUGCUCUAGUACAACACUGCUUUAGCUUAUAUUGCAUUAGCUGGUGGUAUUGACUUUGCAGGUGAAGGAAAUAGCCAAUGCAUUUUCCUGGAGAAGUUUCAAAGAAGUACUUGGAAUACAACCGCUCGAUGAAUUAUGUCCUCGUAAGAAUGUGGAAGGACAAUGUUAAUCAAGUGGCACAAUGCAUUGAUCUGUAUUAUUUAGAAAUUAUAAAUAUAUAUACACUGUUUCUUGUUUCUUUUUAAACUAAUUGAUUAUGCACUCUGGUCCCAUAUCAACACUGAGAUUCUCUAAAUAUGUUGUGGUAAUGGCCUGUGGUGAGUAUUAUGUAAUAAAAAAAUGGAAAUGCAGAGGGACACAGCUGCAUAAUUUUAGUAAAAGACAAUAGACCCAGAAAGCAAAUUUUGGUUAAUAUAAAUAUAUAAAAUAAAUUAUACAAGUAAUCAAAUUUUGGACGCCAACCCCACCAACCAACUCCGCGAUCGUUCUUCUUUCUCACGCCAGCCUUGUUUGCUGGUAAUAUUUUGGUUCCUUGGCAAGUAGCCUACCACAAUCCCAUAUCACCUUUCCUCAAUUUGCAGAAAGGACAAUGUCAAAAACAAGACUCAAGAUUAGAUAUCAUUUCUUUCUUGAGCUUGGUGGAAACCCUUCUAAUACGACUUUUCGUAUAAUUAGUUCAUAUCAGGAAUUGGAAAACCUGUCCCUGUCAUGUCUUACAUUUUGUUAACCAAAACAGCCAAUAGUCAAAUUUCUGGUCCAUCUUUUUCUAUAUAACUUCAGCAGCAUUUCCAGGAUAAUAUUCAAAAAAUAAGUUUUAUUGCUCUCCAGGUUUCCAAUUAAGCUCUCUUCCGUUGCAGGUUUUUAAGGAGUGACAUCCAUGGCAGACGUUAGUAAUAGCAGUUUUCAACUUAGUGUUAAGCAGAACGAACCCACUCUAAUUCCUCCUGCAGAGGAGACAGAGAAGGGGUUGUAUUUCCUCUCUAACCUUGACCAAAACAUUGCAGUAGUAGUUCGUACUAUUUACUGCUUUAAAUCUGAUGUGAAAGGAAAUGAGGACGCUAUGGAAGUUAUCAAAAAUGCUUUAUCGAAAGUUCUUGUUCAUUACUAUCCUCUAGCGGGGCGGCUAACGAUUAGCUCAGAAGGGAAGCUGAUAGUGGAUUGUACUGGCCAAGGUGCUGUUCUUGUUGAAGCUGAAGCAAAUUGUGUCAUUACAGAUAUAGGGGACACCACGAAGCCUGAUCCUGUGACGCUUGGGAAGUUGGUUUAUAACAUUCCUGGUGCGCAAAACAUAUUACAGAUACCUCCUUUGGUUGCUCAGGUCACCAGAUUCAAAUGUGGAGGGUUUGUUCUUGGACUAUGUAUGAACCACUGUAUGUUUGAUGGAAUUGGUGCAAUGGAAUUUGUGAAUUCCUGGGGUGAAACUGCAAGAGGCGUUCCUCUAAAGGUACCUCCAUUUGCAGAUAGAAACAUACUCAAAGCUCGAAACCCACCUAAAAUAGAGUUUCCACACCAAGAAUUUGCUGAGAUUGAAGACAUAUCAAGUGCCAGCAAGCUUUAUGAAGAAGAAAUGCUUUAUAGGUCCUUCUGUUUUGGUCCUGAGAAGCUUGAACAACUGAAGAGAAAAGCUACAGAAGACGGAGUUCUACCCAAGUGCACGACAUUUGAAGCUCUUUCAGCAUUUGUGUGGAGAGCUAGAUGUCAGGCAUUAAAGAUGCUGCCUGAUCAACAGAUAAAACUUCUGUUUGCUGUUGAUGGACGGUCCAGAUUUGUACCACCAAUUCCUGAAGGGUACUUUGGCAAUGCAAUUGUCUUAACAAACUCUCUCUGUCAAGCAGGGGAAUUACUAGACAACCAAUUGUCAUUUGCAGUAGGGCUAGUUCAGAAGGCAGUUAAUAUGGUUAACGACAGUUAUAUGAGAUCCGCCAUAGACUAUUUUGAAGUUACAAGAGCUAGACCUUCUCUUGCUGCAACUCUUUUAAUAACAACAUGGUCUAGGCUAUCUUUCCACACGACAGAUUUUGGCUGGGGAGAGCCUAUUUUAUCAGGGCCAGUGGCAUUACCUGAAAAGGAAGUAAUCCUAUUUCUUUCUCAUGGAAAAGAGAGGAAAAACAUAAAUGUGCUUUUGGGUUUGCCAGCUUCUGCCAUGAAAAUCUUUGAAGAAUUAAUGAACAUAUGAUGCCCGUGUUGUGGUUAAAGAGAAGUCUUCCUGAGUUUCUUUGUUGAAGUAGAGUAUAUCUUCUUUACUGUUGCUAAAAGAUGCAUUCUUCAAGCUAAUGUAUCUUUUGGAGGAAACGAAAAAGGCCUACUAAUAAUUCAAUCUGAAUGGUAUAAUUAGGGUCUGAACAGAAUAGCAGAUGAAGUGCAAAUUCACGUCUCGUAGUUCUUCCCUGUUGUAGAAAUGUAUCUGAAAGUUGUAUGUUCGCAGUAUUCAAUUCAAAAACUUAAUCUUGCUGGUA